GAUUAGUCCCCUUUUAGCAGCCUCUCUGUGAUGCUGCCUAUUUUAAAGGGACAACACACACUGCAGACAGCUGCACAUGACAAUCUACAGCAGCACGGACUCUUGCUGCUGGACGCCUGUGGACCAGAUCUAACAAAGAUUCAAAGAGAGGCAGGUAGAACGAGAAAGCGAGAGCUAGAAAAAGAUAGAGAGAGCGAGGAAGCUCCAGGGAAAGGAGAACAGAACUCUUUGUCUUGAAAAGUGUGUUUAAGAGGAAUCGCUACUGAAAGUUUAUAUGAGAGGCCAGCUCUCCUCUGGGGAGUGAAGCUUUCAGCCUGGCUGGCAACUUUCUUGCUCUUCCUUCAGAUGUUUCUACUGUGAACUAUUUGGCUGGCUCACAUCUCCAGUCUCUCCACACUGUCUAUGUUGUAGAGUACCCCUGGGACCAUUCACGUGGAUUGACGGUCACUACUCAGCACUGUCCUUGGAUCAGUUUUGCACAGCUCCUAAAGGAGAAGAUUGACCUGGCUGGCCUGAGCUAGGAUCAGAUUAUCUUGGAGUGCGGAUUUUGCGAGAAGGGGAACAUUGAAGCUUGAAUCGGGUCUUGUUCAGGCUUGAUUGAAUCCGAUAACUCCUAUUUAGUCGGAUAUGUUCUACUUGGGUUUAUACACUAUACUUGUGUCCCAUCGUGCCCCAUGAAGCGAUUUGGGAGCCUGAGGGCGAGCAAGAAGAAGAAGGAGCCAGACAGACGGACAGGGAGGAGGCAGUCUGAGCCCCACGGCCUCUUGGGAAACACCUCUGGGAUCUCCUCGCCCCCCUCAACUCCUCCAACGCAGUCCGUCAAGCAGCCGCCGGCGUUCCUGCUGGAGGCCUAUCGGAGUGAGCCGGAGAGGCCGGAGGCACGGAUGCGCUCCUACUCUUCCCCGCCAGACACCGGGCAACGCUUCAGUCUACCCUGCACCAAACCACCCAUGACUCCCUCCGCCCCCAUCGCUACCUCACAAUCACAACCAGUCGACAGUUUAGUUGAAAACAUGCUGAAGAAACUUGAGCUAGAAGAUGAAGCUGUUGAAGAAUCCGAAAGGGAUAUCUACAUGCGCUUUAUGAAGUCACACAAGUGCUACGACAUUGUUCCUACCAGCUCCAAGCUCGUUGUUUUUGACACUACUCUGCAAGUAAAGAAGGCUUUCUUUGCCUUGGUUGCCAACGGGGUGCGGGCAGCCCCGCUAUGGGAGACGAAGAAGCAGAGCUUUGUCGGAAUGUUAACCAUCACAGACUUCAUCAACAUCCUCCACAGAUACUACAAGUCUCCCAUGGUACAAAUAUAUGAGCUGGAGGAGCAUAAAAUUGAAACGUGGAGAGAGCUCUACCUACAAGAAACCUUUAAGCCGUUAGUGAACAUAUCACCUGAUGCAAGUAUAUUUGACGCAGUAUACUCGCUCAUCAAGAACAAGAUCCACCGGCUGCCCGUCAUCGACCCAGUCAGCGGAAACGCACUUUAUAUCCUCACACACAAGAGAAUCCUCAAGUUCCUCCAGCUCUUUGUGUGUGAGAUGCCAAAGCCUGCCUUUAUGAAGCAGACCCUGGAGGAGCUGACCAUCGGCACCUACCACAACAUCGCCUUCAUCCACCCCGACACACCCAUCAUCAAGGCCCUGAACAUCUUCGUGGUCCGGAGGGUGUCCGCACUGCCAGUGGUGGACGAGUCAGGGAAAGUCGUGGAUAUUUAUUCCAAGUUUGAUGUCAUUAACCUUGCUGCUGAGAAGACCUACAACAACCUGGACAUCACGGUGACCCAGGCUCUGAGGCAUCGCUCGCAGUACUUUGAGGGCGUGAUGAAGUGCAACCGGCUCGAGACACUGGAGACCAUCGUGGACAGAAUAGUCAAAGCAGAGGUCCACAGGCUGGUGGUGGUGGGCGACAACGCCCACAUCGUGGGCAUCGUUUCCCUGUCGGACAUCCUGCAGGCCCUGGUGCUCACCCCUGCAGGCAUCGGCAGGAAGAGCAGCCAAGCACGAUCAAAAGCAGAGGUAGAGGCAGAGGCACCACCAGAAACAUUGGUAGAGGCAGAGGCACCACCAGAAACAUUGGUAGAGGCAGAGGCACCACCAGAAACAUUGGUAGAGGCAGAGGCACAGGUAGUAGGGGCUGGAAACUGAAGCUGAGACCGAGAAUGAGGUAGUGGGGGUUAAGUCUGAAGUUGGAGAGAUGGAGAACGCUGAAGCCGUGGCAAAGACUGAGGCAGUAGUGAAGGUAGAAACUGAAGCUGGACCAAAAGAUGCUGAGGGAAAGGCGGCGUAUGUGCUGUGUGUGACUGACCUGCCGUGACACGGGACAUUGCUGUGAGAGGAAGUUGACUCGGAAGACUGAUGGAAGUUGAACCCCCAGACUGAUGCAGCAUUGUCUGGGCUGAGAAAAGGGUUGGAUCGGACUGGUGGGAUGGGUGGUACAGUCAAAGUGACCCUCUGGGUAACCAGGGCCCUGAUGGGUAAUUUGCUGUGAUAGGGGAGACGUGGUCACAUGGGUGACUGACUCGGGCUGACCAACCUGGGAUUAUUUUACUAGAGGGUUUGGCGGUGGUGCCUCCUCUUCUCCCCCCUCAAGAUUGUGCAUCAUCACUCCCCUCUACUUUUACCCCCUGGAUGUUCCAGAAAUAACCCCUACCCCCUGGGCCCUCAUUUAGACUUGACAUGAGUGGAAAGGUAUUAGCAACAUGGCUAGUAUUCCAGCUAGCCUAUCAGAAGCCCUCGGUGGUUUGCGUUAUUAUAAGCUUGUUUUUAGUUGCAGGUUAUUUUCCAUUUGAAUCAUAAUCGUGUCUGCUCUCCUUCAGGGAAAGAGCAUUGAGUUGUUUUUUUCUUUAUUUGCACAAGGUUUUGUGAAUGGAAACAAGGGAUGUCGGUGGCUCUCCAAAAACUACACCCAUUCCCCCUGCUACUUAUGAUGUCCCUGUGACAGUGGGCGGAGCUUGCUGUCCUGUCUUUAACGUCAUUGGUGCCUUUUGAGAGUUUUUUUUGAAAGUCUUUUUGAAAGAGAGCGAAAGAGGUGAUGGUAUGACGACUUUGUUGCUCAAUGCAAUUCAAGAAGAAGAAGCAGCUGCUGCCUAUAUAAAAUAUAUCCAAUAUGUAUUUACAUUUCUCCAGUUACUUAGAGGCAUGCAAGAUACAUCUUGUACUCUGUAUCGAUCAUACUGGAAAUAUAGAGAAACCUUUUGUACUGAGGAAACUUUAAGUGCCAGAGAAAGGACAGUUAUAUUUUUUUCUCUUUAGUCAAUAUUGUAAGAUCAUGUUCUUUUUGUAAUAUUUACUGAUCAUUUUCUUGUCAUUCAGAUUUUGAAGUUAUAUUGUUGAUAGUCUCAGAUGAGUGGUUUAUCUAUUGAAAAUGAACAGAUGUGUCAUGAGUGCCACAUAACACAUGUUUCUGUUAUUUAAGUUUUCUUUUGCUGUUUAGAAAAAAGUAAUAAAACAUACUACUGAAA